AUGGCUGUGGGAAAAGGGGUCUCUGAAAAAGGAUAUAUACCAAAUUGGGGGGAUGAAAUAUUAACAGUCGAUAAAGUUAAAGAAGAAUCUAGACCCGUAAAAUACAAAUUGCGCGAUGGUAAAGGUGAAAAAUUUAAAGGUUCAUUCUAUAGUGAAGAACUUUCAAAAGUUCGCAAGGAUGCUGACACAGAAUAUCGGAUUGAAAAAGUUUUUAGGAAAAGGAAAACACCGGAAGGAACAUACGAACUCUUGGUCAAAUUUAUUGGAUACCCGGAAAAAGAAUGGAUACAAGAAAAUCAAUUAGUAUAA